AGAAAAAGACCCAGAGAAAAACAAUGCCUUUUGGUUUAGCAGGUUUGAAAGAGCAGGUGUUUAAACCUGGCAAGGAGGAAGUAAAGAACACAGUGGGGGACUCUCUGGGAAAACUGCAACGGAAAAUAGAUGGCAGUAAUGUGGAAGAAGAGGACAACAUUGAAUUGACAGAGGAUGGGCGUCCGGUCACAUCAACACCACGCUCCGUGCCGCUGCUAGACUGCAGCUGUGGUGGCCUACCUAAGCGUUACAUCAUCGCCAUCCUCAGUGGCCUGGGCUUCUGCAUCUCCUUUGGCAUUCGAUGCAAUCUUGGUGUGGCCAUUGUGGAGAUGGUGAACAACAACACUGUCUAUAUAAACGGAACCCCAGUGCUUCAGAAAGCUCAGUUUAACUGGGACCCGGAGACAGUGGGGCUGAUCCACGGCUCCUUCUUCUGGGGCUACAUCGUCACUCAGAUACCUGGUGGUUUCAUCGCCAACAAGCUCUCUGCCAACAGGGUUUUUGGAGCUGCCAUUUUCCUGACAUCGUUGCUGAAUAUGUUCAUCCCAUCCGCAGCCAGGGUUCACUACGGCUGCGUCAUGUUUGUUCGCAUCCUUCAAGGCUUAGUGGAGGGUGUUACCUACCCAGCAUGUCAUGGGAUGUGGUCCAAAUGGGCGCCUCCUCUUGAACGAAGUCGACUGGCAACAACAUCAUUUUGUGGAUCCUACGCAGGAGCAGUGAUCGCCAUGCCUUUAGCCGGAGUGCUUGUUCAGUACAUUGGCUGGUCUUCAGUCUUCUAUGUUUAUGGUGUUUUUGGGAUCAUAUGGUACACGCUGUGGCUCCUGCUGGCUUACGGAAGUCCUGCUGAGCAUCCCACAAUCACAGACGAAGAGAGGAUGUACAUUGAGACCACCAUUGGUGAAACAAUCCACAAACUGAGUGCAACUGAGAAAUUCAAAACUCCAUGGCGUCGCUUCUUUACCUCCAUGCCUGUCUAUGCGAUCAUUGUGGCCAACUUCUGCCGCAGCUGGACCUUCUACCUGCUUCUUAUCAGCCAGCCAGCGUAUUUUGAGGAAGUAUUUGGAUUUCCCAUCAGCAAGGUGGGUCUCCUGUCUGCUGUCCCCCACAUGGUGAUGACAAUCAUUGUUCCUAUUGGAGGACAACUGGCUGACUUCUUACGCAGUAACAAAAUAAUGUCUACCACUAAUGUGAGGAAACUCAUGAACUGUGGAGGGUUUGGUAUGGAGGCUACUCUGCUGUUGGUGGUUGGGUUUUCUCACACGCGAGGGGUCGCCAUCUCCUUCCUUGUGUUGGCUGUAGGCUUCAGUGGAUUUGCCAUCUCAGGUUUCAAUGUCAAUCAUUUGGAUAUUGCUCCUCGCUAUGCCAGCAUCCUGAUGGGCAUUUCUAAUGGGGUGGGAACGCUGUCUGGAAUGGUGUGUCCCCUUAUUGUUGGAGCUAUGACUAAACACAAGACUCGUCUGGAGUGGCAGAAUGUCUUUGUUAUUGCGUCCAUGGUGCAUUACUCAGGGGUCAUCUUUUAUGCUAUCUUCGCUUCGGGAGAGCAGCAGGACUGGGCCAACCCUGAGAGCACGAGCGAGGACAAAUGUGGCAUUAUUGAUGAGGACGAGCUGGCUGAGGAGUCAGAGCUCACCGGCGAGAACCCGGUGGCUCCCAAAAAGAGUUACGGAACAGCGGACAAUUCAUCCGGUCGAAAACAGGGUUGGAAAAAGAAGAGAGGGGUGACCAUGCAAGAGGAGGAGCAUUAUGGGAAUGGGGACUACCAGGAACAGUACCAGUGAGACACUACGAGGGACAAAAAACUUAGGAAAUUUUACAAAACUGACAUGUGUCAGAAGCAGCAGCAUCACAUGUACCUCAAGACACCACCCCCUUUUGCGAUUUUCAGUCAACGCACCCAUUUAACUGUGAUAUAUGAAGACACAUUUUUAAAAAAAAUUAGCAAACUGCUAAACUAAAACAUUAUUAUUUUUUAAUUUUUAAUGCUGGAGCAAAAUGAGAACCAUCAAUAAAUAUCAUCUGCUGAUAAACUGACAUGAAUUGACAUAUAUUGUAAAGUAGUAUGCUUAGUAAAAUGGAAACCACAAAAUCCAUAGACCAACUAGUGCUGUGUUAAAUAAACAUUAAAAUACACAUAUCAACUUUGACUCCUCCUGCACCCUGCCCUGGUCCUAUUCUUCUAUCCAUCUGUGCUAACACGACUGAGCUUAUGUAGCUUACUUUGAUAUGUGAUCAGUUUUUCAAAUAUCUUGUGUCAGCUAUGCAAUGUGAAAAGAGGCUUACUGCCAGAAUGUAUCGAUGGGUUUGACGGCAGAUCACAGUGUUAAUGUACUGAGUCUUACGGUUUUUGUUGCUUGUAUGUAUUUGCUGUUGCUGAAUGACUGCACUAUGUCACCACUUCGCCCACUUUCCUUGUCCGAAUAAGUCUUAGUUCACCAUCUGUUUGUGAUACACUUAUAUAUCAGCUUCAUUAUUUAUGGAGCUCUUAGCUCAUAAUGGAACAAAAUGGAUGGUGAAUUCAGUUUAAUGCAACUAUUUGUUCUUCUGAUUUUUGGCUUUUUGGAGUUUCUCAGUGUUUGAUAAAUGGAGAUGCAAAUUUGUUUCUUAAAACAAUGUGCAGUAAGGUUUCACUUUAAUCCUGAAAAUAUAUGGAAAAUUUGCA